GGUCAUCAGUUUCAAACUUAUUCACAAGAAAUCAAGAAUAUUCUUUACUUAAAUACCAAAACUAAAUCAAUUAAAUAAAAAUGGCAAAAAUUAUUUUCUUCACAUUUUUCGCUUUGUGUGCUUUCGCACUUUGUUCAGCAAACAGCGUUGGAAGUCCAAACGAUGAAAUUCCAAUGGAAGAAACAGAAAUGGAGGCUUUGUAUGAAGUUUGUGCCCAAAAAGGAGUUCCCUGGAUUAUUAAAAAUGCUGCUUGCGACACUUGGUGCUGGAAAGUUCAGAACAAACGAGGAGGGUAUUGUGAUAACAAAACGUACAUUUGUACAUGUCAUCGGUCUAAUGACUUCGCAGAUAACGUUGAAAGCGCAUAUGAUGAAAUUCCAAAGGAAGACGAUUCAGAAAUAGACGGUUUAUAUGAAGUCUGUUCCCAAAAAGGACUUCCAUGGUUCAUUAAAAAUGCUUCUUGUGACACUUUCUGCUGGAAAGUUUUGAACAGACGAGGUGGAAAAUGCAAUCCAAAUACAUUGAUAUGUGAAUGUAAUUAGAAAGCGAGGUUGGCGUUUUCACAAAAUAAAAUAUAUUAUAAAUGAAUGAACAAUUUCGACAAUUAUGCAAUCAAUAAAACAUCUAAAACAGAUAAAUCUUGUCUAUUAAAAAACACAAAUAUUUAAGAAUUUAUUAUGACAUUAAAAUAUUUUAAAG